UGGGUUGAUGAUUGAUGGUGUUUGGGUUACGAACCCAUUGUUAAUUAAGGAAUCUUUGUUUGGCUUUUUUAAGCAUCAGUUCACCGAGCCUAUGCCUAGUAGACCGAUGUUAGUGUGUCCCAAUCUAGCUACCCUUUCUGAUGAUGAGGCGAGCAUGUUAGAAAGUCCUUUUUUAGUGGAGGAAAUUAAAGCAGCCAUUUGGGAAUGUGAUGGCGAGCGUGCACCGAGACCGGAUGGGUUUAAUUUUAAGUUCAUCAAAAAAUGUUGGUCAGGUCUUCGGGAUGAUAUCAUUAAACUCUUCGGUCGUUUUUAUGAGGAGUGCUCGCUUAAUAAAUGUUGCACUUCUUCCUUCAUUGCCUUGAUUCCAAAGGUUAAGGAUCCAGUUAGUCCAGCGUAUUUCCGGCCAAUAAGCCUAAUCGGUGUGAUAAAUAAAGUGAUAUCUAAAGUGCUUGUUAAUAGGCUGAAAGGGGUAUUGGGAGCUUAAUUUCUGAAUAACAAUCGGAUUUUUUGGCUGGGAGAAAUAUUAUGGAUGGGCCACUUGUGCUAAAUGAAAUCUUGAGCUGGUUAGAAAAGUAUAAGCGGUGUGGUAUGUUUUUUAAAGUCGAUAUCAAUAAGGCUUAUGAUUCGGUCAAUUGGGCGUUUCUCGACUCGAUGAUGACGCAAAUGAACUUCCCUACUAGAUGGCGAGCAUGGGUAAUGGCUACACUACGCUCCGCUAAAGCCUAUGUUCUUGUUAAUGGUUCCCCAACCAGGGAGUUUGAUUGCUCUCGUGGGCUUCGUCAGGGCGAUCCAUUGUCUCCAUUUUUAUUUGUCAUGGCUAUGGAGGCUUUGUCUGGUAUUAUGAAAGAAGCUGAAUCCACGGGUUUGUUCAAAGGAAUAAAAGUCACUAACGAUGGUCCAUAUUUGUCUCACUUGAUCUAUGCGGAUGAUGUGAUGUUUGUUGGCGAGUGGUCCCCGUUGAAUAUCAACAAUCUUCGACGGAUGCUAAGAUGCUUCUACUUAGUUUCAGGUUUAAAAGUGAAUCUUGCUAAGUGUAGCAUCUUUGGUGUCGGGGUAAGUGAGCAUGAAGUUCAAGAUAUGGCAAAUCGGUUGAGGUGUAAGCAAGCAUUAGAAGAGUAUUCUUUUGGGGAGGUUCGGAGGAAAAGGCUAAGAUGAAUUGGGUUGCGUGGGAAAAAAACAAUCGCACCUAUAGAAGGGGGGCUGGGGUUCGGUUCUCUCAGGGAUGCAAAUCUGGCAAUGCUGGCAAAAUGGUGGUGGAGGUUUAAAACGGAAAAGGAUGGGUUGUGGAGAAGGGUAAUUUGGGCUAUCCAUCAUAAUUCUAGGGCGUGGAACGACAUUCCGGUUAAAAACUCAAUUGCAGGCCCAUGGAAGAAUAUUUGUAGCAUUCGGCACAAGCUUCUCAACGCGAAUAUUGACCUGAAAAUAGCUUCCUCAGCGGUAUUGGCUAAUGGCAGGAGUAUUUUAUUUUGGCUGGACAGUUGGGCCGAUCAGGUCCCUUUUUAUAUCAUGUUCCCAGAUUUAUUUAAGGCCGAAACAAAUAAAGUUUGUUUGGUGGCUGAUCGUAUGACCUCAGGCGACGAUGGGCUGGUUUUUAAUUGGGCUUGGAUGCGGCCUGUAUUAGACGUGAUAGAAAAUAAUCAGUUUCAGCAACUGUUGGGUAUUAUCGGCGGGUUGGGCCUCUCCAUGGGUAGAGAUAAAUGGGUUUGGAAGUAUGAAGAUAAUGGUAUGUUUAGUGUGGCUAGUAUUAAAAAGACCCUCGGCUCGGUUAACCGGCACCGUCCAGACAGAGUAUUCGAAUGGAACAACUGGGUCCCGAAGAAGGUUGGUAUUGUGGCAUGGAGGGCGGACAUGAAUCGGCUACUAACUAGAGGAGCGUUAUCGGAUCGGAAUGUACCGGUACAAAAUCUGAUGUGCGUUUUGUGUGGUGAUUAUGUAGAGACUAGCGAGCAUGUGUUCGUUUCAUGUCAAUUCGCGCAAUCGGUUUGGCAGAAUCUCGCUUGUUGGUGCACGAUUCCUCCUAUUAUUGCUUUUGGUAUUAAUGAUUUGUUGUCUUUACAUGAGAUCGAGAUCAGUGCGGGUAUGAGCACGAAAAGGAAAGCGCUACAUGCAGAGUGAUUCUUGUUGCUUUUUGGAGUAUUUGGAAGCUAAGGAAUGAGGUGAUGUUCAGGCAGGCAGUUCCGAACAGUACGAAGAUUUUAGAUGAGAUAAAGUCAAUGGCGUACCUAUGGGUAAAGAAUUGGUCAAAAAUGGCGUCAAUAACUUGGGAGGAUUGGAGUCGGUUUAAUAUUGUUGGUUAGUUGCUAUGUAAUAUUGUAAGGAUGUGGUGUUGAACUUAUUAUAUAUAUGGUGGGUAGCAUCUUGCUACAAUGAAUAAAAUGAAUUUUUGUC